AUAAUAAUAAUAAUAAUAAUAAUAAUAAUAAUAUCAUUAUUUAUACCCUGCCUAUCUGGCUGGGUUUCCCCAGCCAUUCUGGGCGGCUCCCAACAAAGCAUUAAACAUGCAAUAAAACAUCAAACACUAAAAACUUCCUUAAACAGGCUGCCUUCAGAUGUCUUCUAAAAGUCAGAUCGUUGUUUAUUUCCUUGACAUCUAAUGGGAGGGCGUUCCACUGGGCGGGCGCCACUACCAACAAGGCCCUCUGCCUGGUUCCCUACAAACAGCCACUUGGGACCUCUGUCUCCCCACUUUUUGCAGUGAAGGGAUCCCCAGAAGGCCCUGGGCGCUGGACCUGUGUCCAGGCUGAACGAUGGGGGUGGAGACGCUCCUGCAGGGAUACUGAGCCGAAACCGUUUAGGGCUUUCAAGGUCAGCGCCAACACUGAAUGAAGCAGUCCAAUGCAUAUAAGUAGGCAUCCUUCAGUUCAGUUUCUGCGCCCCCUUUGUGGGGCCGCAUUGUAGGGGGCUGGACUAAAUGACCCUUUGGUUCAUAUUCCAACUCUACAAUUCCAUGAUUCUUCAGGUACUUCCCAUUGCAUGGACCAAUUGUGCCCUUUAAAGCUUUCCGACAUUCUAGUCCUCUUAAGGUGGCUCAGCCUCUUCUCCCCCCUUGCAGAUCUUCAGGGAUUUUCUGACCCCAUUACCCUGUAUUCUGAUUUGAGUUGCAUACAAUAUGCUAGAAUAUUUCCAAUUGCCUCCCAAACUUUUAGGCAACUGGGAGGAUAAGAGAUGAGAGCCUUUUCCCCCCAUUAAUUGACAGAUGAAUCUCCUGUGCAAAGCAUCUUAUACUUUGACUGCCUUGUGAACUUUUGGCCCUCUUGUGCAAGAAAGCCUUGAAAUCAAAACCCAAUUUCUACAACCAACCGAACACAGAAGAGCCGAAAGUCAUAUUCCUUCUGGUGUAUUUAAUUUUCUUUUGCACCUCAACUGUCCCGUUUCCACAUAAUGUUUUCAAUAUAUUAAUGCGUUCCAACGCAGCGGUAGGUGAUUUUUAAAGAUGACAAUACGCUUAGUAACAUUGUCUUGCAUAGGUAGCAACCCCAUCCAUUGCUGUACGCUGGUAAGACCUGCAGGCUUUUAAGUAACACAGAAUCCCAUCAGUUAAUCACCUGCCUACCUGAUGAAGAGUUCUGUGCUACCCAGAGACAUGCAUUGCCAGAAUUCGAUACAACCGCACAUGUUGGAGAUUGUGCCGUUCAAAUAAGCGAUCUAGCUGAGCCGUGGCAGCUUGAAGAUCUCCUCCUCUCGCUUGGCCAAGGAGCAUCUCUGCCCGCCAAGAGCGUGCCACCCGCUGCUAGUGAGGAAGCCUAGCCAUGGCAGCAGGCACGAGGAGCCCCAGGUUCAAGAUGAUCCUCCUGGGGGACUUUGGGGUGGGGAAGACCACGCUCUUCCAUCGGAUCAAGCUGGGGCGUUUCCUGGAGGGGGACCACCCGCCUGGCCAGCACAGCUACACGUGCGAGAAAACCCUGCCCCUGAAGCUCAACAGCAGGAACUGCCAGGUCCAGAUUUCCCUGUGGGACACGGCUGGGGAGGAGCGCUUCCUGUCCCUGAGCAGGAGCUACUACCGGGACGCGGAUGCUGUGCUCCUCGUGUAUAGCCUGCAGCACCUCCUCUCCUUCGACAGCCUCUUGCACUGGCUGUACCUGGCCAGGCAGUACUGUGCAGAUGCCAAUCUCUUCCUCCUGGGCAACAAGAGUGACCUGGAGAGCUGCGUCCCCGAAGAGAAGGCCGAGAGGUUUGCUGUGGAGCACGGCGCGUCCGGCAGGUUCAAAGUGUCGGCCAAGACAGGUGAGAAUGUGGAUCGGAGCCUGCAGGAGAUGCUGGAGAGGCUGUUCCUCAGGAACGAAUUCCAGCACAGCAGCCUCCACCUCCCGCUGCAAGAUGCAGGCUACUACGGCCGAUGUGGAUGCUGAGCGGUGGGAAAGUUUAGAGGAUGCUUCAGAAGCCUCAUGCACCAGGCCAUUGGUCCCAGGUAGCCUUUCUCUGUGUGUCUGCCGCAUAUCGGACCGGGACAUUUGCCCCUUCCUUGGAGACGGCUGGGCUAUAGCAGCCGCCUAAGUCUGACCUGAAGGGUCUCUGCAGCCUGCAACAUAUUGUGCUGUGGGGCUGGUACCCUUGGCUGGACAUCAUCUUGGUGGGCCAAUGAGACUCCCUCGCUUCACCUCCAGCAAUGCUUCUCUUUGGAGACCUGUGGGCCAUUUCCUGCAGGUUGCCCAGCUGAUGAACUGACCCCACUGUGGACACACAACCAACUUCUGGGAACUGUGGCUUCUGAGCUACUAUGGAAUCUGGGGGGGGGGUUGCAUGUGUGAGGGUGCGAUCCUUGGCCUUUCCCCACGUCCUGCCGGUGUUCCAAACAAGGUAGUACAGUACAUCAUACUUGCUCUCCUCCUCCUAUUCCACACUUUCUCUCCUUAAGAAGAGUCUGCAAGAUCAGGCCAAAUGGGGACCAGCUUGUCCAGUAUUCUGUUCUCACAGUGGCCAACCAGAUGCUCAUUUUGGGAAGCCAGCAAGCGGCACCUGAGAACAAGGGUAAAAAUAAAUUUUAUUAUUAUUAUUAUUACUGCUACUACUACUACUACUACCCUCUCCCCUCUUGUGGUUUCUAGCAACUGGGAUUCAGAAGCAUGGCAGCCUCCAACUAUUCCCUAACAAGAAUAAUAAAUAGCAGGUUUUGUCCGUGAUGUCUUCCCAUCACUUGAGAGCCAGGUCGCUUCUGAGAUGCCCCUUCUUCCUAUGAAAGGGGCUGAUACAAAUUCUGCUGAGGGUUGUUGCUAUCAAAUUUAAGCUAGCAUCAUCAAUGCAUGCAAUGUUGUGCAGACUUCAGUUUGUGCAAUCGGACAUCCCCCUCAAAAUUGACUGGGGGAAGUCAGUAUAAGCCCUGGAACAGCACAAACAGGGAAGGGGGGGGAUGGCUCUGCCUGGUGAGCUGAAAUGCUUGUGGAGGCAGAAUGUUUAUAUCACAGCGUGACACUGAAUUCCACCCUUUGGAGAAUCCCACCCUAUAAACCUGCAUUUCUAGCAUGUUGGACACAGCAGAAUGCUUAAGCAAUGACUUUGUGCUCCACUUGAGGUAUGCAGGAAAGGAGGAGUUUAUGGCUGUCUGAGGAAGGAGGUACUUUGCAAUAGUAUGGCAUUAAGAUAGACAUUUUCCCCUUUUGCGGCCAGAGCAUGACUCGGCAGUCUCACUGAAAAUCCAAGUAAAAAUGCUUUAAAUUAUGCUGGAAGGCCCCCAAUUGUCUUUGAUUUGCUACUUCUUAAAAGACAAGGGCUCUGUGCCUUCAUGGCUGCAUGAUGCCAGGUAGAAGCCAACAGCUGGAGCUUCUCUAGGCUUGGAGAUGUCAGCUCUGAGGCAAGAGCUCCCUCUGACUUCUGCCUGCAAUGAUUUCUACAGAAUACUCAAUACAGCGCCUAUUUCUUGUUUGUACUGCAAAUAGGAGCAAAGUCAAGCCUAAGAAAAGAACAGGUAGCACAUAUAAAUAUUCAUUUCUUCGAAUUUCCCUGAACAAGGAACAGAUGAGGGUUCUCCUCUCCUACCACUGAGCCCUAGAGAUGGAGGUUAAUUGGGAGAGGGGAAGGGGGCAGACCCCAGAGAGUUUAUGUGAUAACUAUCCUGCCAGGCUGCGGCUUGCAAUCUGCACUCAUAGUCUUCUUAAUAUAAAUAAAUAAAAAUAAAGGUGCUCCUGCCCACCUGGUGAUUCAAGCCCACCCCUUCGCUUCGUAGGAGGCCAGGCAAAUUUUAGGAGGUCUGGCAACCCCAGGUCCAAAAACUGCACGACAAAUAAAUGUUCCUUUUCUUUACCACCCUGCUGCUUUUUUGCUCAGACUUCCAGUUGCUUUGGGGGGGGGGCUUCCAUUUUUGUUGCAUUCUCGUUUGCAGCCUACUACAGAAACCAAAGAAGGCGAAUAUGAAUUCCUCCCCCUUUUCAGGUGCACAGAUAAAAGUAAAAGGAGGCAAUACAAAGGACUGACAGCUGGAAAUUCAGAAAAGAGAGCGCACACACCUCGGUGAUGGCAAAUGGUUGCCUGAUUUAAUUUGUGAAGCUGAAGGUUGGAAAAUCCAGGGCAGGUCAAAGGAGGCACUUCUUCAUGCCUUAUGUGGAACGUUUUAGAGAGUUGGGUAUGUUUGGCCUGGGAAAAAGGAGACUGAGAGGACAUACGCUAGCUAGGCGCCUUCAAAUAUCUGAAGGGCUGUUGUUAUAGGAAUUCUAAGGUCUCAUAUAUAAAUCAUAUGUUCAUAAAUGUACGUACAAGGCAAACACACAUGCAUAAGUAUAGCGUCUGAAACUGUACAGGAGAGCAACCCUGAAGGCAUUUUGACUCUCCCAAAUUGACCUCAAAUAUUUCCUUGCAAGGAGGAAGGAAAUGGGAAAAGCUUUCCAAUUGUCUUUGGACUGUAGGAGCUUACAUCGAAUACAGUCUGGCAAGUAUCUGUUAAUCUGAGCAAACUAUCAAUAUAUGUAAGAGAUUCAGGAAUGGCCAGGAUGCCCAGGUAAAAGCAUUCAGUGACCAUUAGUAGGUAUCCUGGCAGACACGUUUUCUGCUAUAGACCACCCCUUCAGUGAUGUAUGUAUGAUGUUUUGGGGGGUGGUCUUGAUCUACAGGGGAUGCAAUUUCAAAAAGUCUAUAUAAGGGCUUGCACACCAUUGUUCUGGGUCCCUCCUGCCUCCUGUGUGUGGUUGUGAGCACCCUGUUGCAACUGUUUAAUAAAGAUCAGGCUUCCUAGCCAUUUUGCUUCUCAGUAUUCUCUGGUUGGCCUCUGUUAUUUUCUCCUACCAAUAGAGAACCUAUUUAAGGGCUCUGUAUGGGUUCUUAGAUACCCCGUAAGGGAAAAGGAGCAGUAUUUUUUCU